AUGGAUCAUCAUGAUUUCACGAUCAAAUCCUCUCUCCUCAUCCUAUCAAUCUCUUCCCUCAUCCUCCUCGCCAAUGGCGCUUCCUCAUCACGCAACAACAUUCACGCUGUGAGUCGAUCCCUUAACCUCAAUCACAUCAAGGAGUUUUGCCAAAAAACCUCAAACCCAAACCUUUGCGCCCAAACCAUUGAACCACACUUCCUCCAUGGUGACCUUGAUCCCUUCAAGGCCCUCGAAGUGGAAGUAGAAGCCACCCACAGCCAAACCACUAAAACCCUAAAUCUCAUCCAAACCCUACUUGCCAAACCCGACACCACUAAAUCAUUGAAGGAUUCCCUUGACGCAUGCAAGGACCAAUACCAUAUGAUAUUGGACGCUAUCAAAGAAACAAAAGACUGUAUGGCUAGAUUCGAUAUGAUCGACGCAAGUUUCAAGUUCAGUGCCGUGAUUUCAUACCAACAAACAUGCAAAGACCAAUUCGAAGGUGAUGCGUUCCCACUAAAUGAUGAUUCUGAAGCCGUCUUCGAAUUGGGAGGAAACUGCUUAGACAUCAUUGCUGAUUUGAAAAAGGGUCAGGAACCUAAGAAUUUGCCACCACCACAAAAUACCCCAACCAACAACAUCAUUGGAACCGUGUCAUAA